GGCUGAAACUACUUCGUUCCCUAUGGAAAAACUACUCGUCUCCGGGGGUUGGAUAUGUUCACCAGGCAGGCUUAUGACAAGACGAAGUGCUUCAAGAAGGAGUGCAUCUCGACCGUUUGAAAACGGAACUAGACAAGGCGAUAGAACACGGGAUGCUCGUUGCUCUGUGGACCGUCAGUGUGCUUAAACAGCUAUUUAUGGUCAAUUACUUUCACUGAUUAGCAGAACGGGUGGACGUCGACCCAGAAACUAUUUGUUUACACAAAGAAUCACCGCCUGUGUCCCCCGCUGUAUUCUGAAGUGAGGGGGAGCAGAGGAGUGCCGCAGACAGAGAAGGGGAAAGGAGAGAAGUUUUGUGGUUUAACUCAAAGUACAAGGGUGCCAGUCAUGAGGGACUCUGUGUUCAACUGUUGUUUUGUCCCGCCCCCUCCCCCAGGCGAGGAGGAGGAGCUACCCCGGCGUCCAGGCAAUAUGGCCGUCCGCUCGCCCUCUCCCGACAAGCGCUUUCUCAUCUUCUUUGACUUUGAUGAGACCAUUGUCGAUGAGAGCAGCGAUGACGUGGUGGUGCAGGCAGCGCCUGGGCAGAAGCUCCCGAACUGGCUGAAGGACACGUACCAGCCUGGCCACUACAAUCAGUACAUGCAGCGGGUGCUGGCCUACAUGGCGGAGCAGAGCGUGCCCGAGGGGGCCAUCCGGUCUGUCAUUGAGAAGAUCCCAGCCUCGCCCGGCAUGAUCCCUCUCUUCCAGUACCUUCGCACCCACCCCCAAGACUUUGAGAUUGUGCUGGUGUCUGACGCCAACAUGUACUUCAUCGAGUCCUGGCUGCGCAGGGCGGGCGUCCGUCAGCUCUUCCUGAAGAUCUUCACCAACCCAGCCUCCUUUGACGGGAACGGGCGGCUCCACCUGGGGCCUUACCACACCCACAGCUGCCCGCGCUGCCCGGAGAACAUGUGCAAGCAGGUCAUCGUGCGGGAGUACCUGGCGCGGCGGACGCAGGAGCGCGGGCGCCCCUUCCAGCGCGUCUUCUACGUGGGCGACGGUGCUAAUGACUUCUGCCCCUCGCUGAUCCUGGGGCCCCGCGACACGGCCUUCCCCCGGCGGGACUACCCUAUGCACAAGCUGAUCCUGGAGAAGCAGGAAGCCCAGCCGGCAGACUUCAAGGCCACCGUGGUGCCCUGGGCGAGCGGGGAGGAUGUGGUGGCGCGUCUGAAGAGGCUGGUGGAGGAGAGGUGAAGCCUGGAGGCUGGCUAAAUAAUGACCCACACUGACACAUAUACACAUGCUCACACACAGAUCCACAGGUCGUGACACACAAAUAUGGACACAGGUGUGGAGAGACUGUUAGACAUAAACGCCAUCAGAAAGUACAGUAUGUACAGUACAGUACACAAGAAUCUACACAUUGACAUACAUACCUUGCAGAGAAGAUACACAUAACAGGGUGCAUACAUGCAUAGAUUAUUAUACACACAAACACACACACUCAGCAAAUACAAUACCUCAUCCCUAAGAGACUGAUGGGGGGGGGGGGGGGGGGCUCUCUAGUAUUUCCAGUCUGGUGAACAAAAGCACAUUCUAUUCUCUUGACACCAUUUGCCAUUCAAAUUACAGUUCUGACCCCUUCAAUGCAAAACCCUGCAGAGGCAAAACCUGCAGUGGCCCUCACACUCAGGACCAAAGUUCAGCACAACACGAGAGAAAAAUCAAUUCUGCCACAGAUCACAGCCCUCUGCUCUCUGGCCAGGUCCCUUUUACUAAGGUUGUUAGGCAACCACUCUUUGAGCUAUAGCUCACCUUCCUGCAUGGAAUCUCAGAUCUCAAAGUCUGAGCAUGGUACCAAAUCUCAGUCAAGUCAAUGCAAAGAGCAUUGGUAAACCUUGAUGAACUUGAUAUGCUCCACAGGUAAUAGAAUUAAACCAGUAGAUAGUGCUUGACCAGUGGGGAAGCAGCAGUUGUUGUUACCUUAUGCUCUGUCUACAGGCAACAGACCUCUC